AUGCGCUUGAAGGACUAUGUGGUCUGUGGACUUAUACUUCUUGCGUGUCAAAGCCUUGCUGGUGCCGAAAACAUUCCUGGAAUUUCUGCCUAUGAUGUACUGAAUUAUCCUUCUUUACCAGACUCAGAAAAUCAUGUUCGAAAAAAACGCAGCACAUCUGAGCAGAGUCCUACGAAAUUUGACGAGCCAACUCAUCUCAACUUUUCUGCUUUUGGUCGUUCCUUUAGCCUUGUCCUCUAUAGAGACACAUCCCUCUAUUCACCCAACUUGGACGUCACUGUCGGAGGAAAAAAGUCCACACCUGAUCUAUCUAGUGCAGUCACACAGCAUGCCGUUCGGGGUUUCCUGAGAAACUAUCCGAAAAGUCUCGUCUUCGGCACUUUGGUCAAUGGUAUUUUUCGUGGUACUAUUGCGACCAGAGCCUCACUACUCGUGCAGCCAAUGCAGCCUUCUGACUCUGCUGCUAAAGAAGAAGAUGAUCAAGUAUUCUACGUGGAACCUUCCGGAAAUUUCUUCGGUGAACCGUCUGCCUUUCAUUCUAUAAUAUAUAAGGCGGCCGACGCAGAGGAUGGCCCUGCUCUUUCACGUGGCCGCCGAAGCCCGAAAGGAUCGAAGGAGCCCUGGUUUUGCGGUCUUUCAGAUCCCAGCAUUUCGAAGCGCCUCAAGGAUUCAUCACAGCCAGCCGAAGCCCACCUUCAGGGCCUAUACCAAGCCAAGCCUGGUUCUGGGUGUCGGAACUGCAGGGUGGACGAGGGACCGACCUCCCGGGUCUGUAGUCUCUACCUACAGUCGGACACCUUUUUGUGGAACCAUGUGAUUGGUCUGCCGCACAUUCGCGGCAAUAAGGACCUAGCUGUCAAAGAGAUUGCCUCAAUCUUCACCCAGCAUGUCCAGGGGGCUCAGGCUAUUUACCAGCAUGCCAACUUCACGGAUUCUUCGAACCCUACUCUGAGAGAAGGAAACCACGCAUAUCAGCAUAUUAUUCUGAUACCUAUGACUGUAAAAUGCGUAGAAAUGGAUACCGCAGCUGGAUUCACACGUCCCGAUCCCUACCGUCAGCUGAAUCCUGUGCCCUCUGUUUUUGCAUUUCUGGGCGUGUUCCCGCUUUUCGACUUCCACAAAGACGGACCUCCCUAG